AUGCCUGUCACUCGCUCACAAGAAAACUUGCUAUCAAGAAAGGAAAGCGACGAGUCGUCACAAUCUAUGAGCGCCGAACGGCUCACCGCGACGACCACAGCUACUACAAUGGAGGAAGUGACGUCACACACCCGCAGUACAUCUAGCCAAAGGGAGCAGGCAGCAAUGAAGACGCUGGUUCCAGAGGGUUCAACCCGGCUAGCGAGGUCACAGCGAUCAAGUUUAACGCGUCGGCGGGAACUAGAAGCGCAAGAGGAAUUGGCUCGCCUCGAGCUUGAACAAGCCGAGGCAGCAGCGCGACUCGCUCGUAUUCGCCUCGAGAGACUGUGUGAAGAAGACGACGAUUCUAUAAUUGAGGAGAACGUCGAAGAAAGAAACAAUGACCAUACCAGUUAUACUCAAAGGACGGCGAUCAAUUGCGAAGAUCGAAAAUCGGACAUAGGCAUUUUAGCUGACGCGCUGAAGCAGGCAAUAACGCAUGCAAACCCUACGCCGCAGACUAAAUAUGUGUACGAGUUGCCGACUUUCGACGGAGAUAGCAGAGAAUGGACUGCCUUUCGAGUAGUGUAUGAAGAGACACAACCGAUGUUUUCGGAGAUGGAAAACAUAGCCCGUUUAAGAAAAGCUAUACAGGGAAGCGCGAGAGAGACCUUGAAAUGUCUACUUUAUUCAGAAAGCACGCCCACAGAGAUAAUGGAAGCGCUUAGUCGUCGCUACGGACGGCCGGAUGCGUUAGUGUUGGCAGAGCUGGAUAAAAUGAAAAAACUUUCGCGCAUUGGAGAAAGCCCGCGUGAUAUAUGCACAUUCGCAAGUCAGAUUUGCAAUAGUGUAGCGGCCAUUAAGGCAUUGAAGAAGCCGCGGUAUCUCCAUUCGCCAGAGCUUGUGAAAGAAAUAAUCGACAAGAUGCCGUCGAUAUUAAGAUUCCGGUGGUACGACUUCAUUGCCGAAUCAGAAGAGGAUUCAUUAUCAAGUUUGACGCAUGUUAGUGAAUUUCUUAACAAAGAAGCGGAUAAGUGCGCAGCGUUUGCGACGUUAGAGGAGCGCAAGCCAAUCAGAAGGCAGCAAACACACAGCGCAUAUAACGUUGUUGGCAAUGAAGGCAGAAUAAUACCAUGCCCACUCUGUUCCGGGGAUCACGCACUAUCAGAGUGCUGCCGUUUUGAAGAGGCCUCGGUGCAAGAGCGAUGGGACAUAGUUAAGCAAAAUCGAAUUUGCUUUAAAUGCUUAAAAGGAAAGCAUAAUAAGGAGGUGUGCAAGAAACCGCCGUGCAAAGUGUGUAAAAGGUUGCAUCACCCAAUGCUACACGUGUCGAAGACAGAGAUAGCGCAUUCCAGUUCAGUGAAAGGGACAGCAAAUAAUAUAACGAAUACGGCAACACGUGCACGAGCACUUUUGAAAAUAACACGUGUUGAAGUUUAUGGACCCAAGGGCUCUAUGAGCAUUCUAGCUCUUAUGGAUGAAGGCUCUACAUUGACACUAUUAGAUUCAUCAGUGGCAAAAGAGCUGGGUCUGAAAGGUGCCGAAAAGCAAGUCUGUGUGGAAACUGCGAGUGGCAACCACAUGAUUAAUAGAAGAUCAAUCGUAAUGGACUUAGAAAUAAAAGGAACACGCCAAACUUCGAAGAAGAUUUUACGUGGCGUUAGUACCAUGAACGAUUUAAAGUUAGCACCGCAGUAUCUAGACAAGGGAAAAAUUGAAAGUUAUCGUCACCUAAGGGGAAUGGCUGAUGCACUUUAUUACGAAGCUGAAGCGCCUAAAAUGUUAAUUGGGCAAGAUAAUUGGCAGUUUAUCGUAACUCAGCAAGUGAGAAGAGGACGACCCGGACAACCAGUGGCGUCAAGGACAAAACUUGGUUGGGUUUUGCACGGGGCAAAUCCAAGUGCUGAAAUGUCAAUCGAACAAAUAAACACGUGUAUCGACAUAAGUGAAAAUUGUGCAGUGAAAGAACAAUUGAAGUCUGCCAAUGAAGAAAGCGCAACAGAGAUGACUUUGAGCGAUCUACCUCGGCGCAUGACAGCAAUUUGCACCGAGGGGGAGCCGCAUGUAUCAUUCGACAUCAACGAGUCUUCUUACAGCUCUACAAACUGUAUCUGGCGAUCGAGUGAAAGCGGCAAGACAUACAAAACGAAUCUCGCAGCGACAAAGACGGCGAUAAGCGCUUUGAACACUGCAAAUAAGCUUCGAGGCACAAGACAAAAGAAAAAGGUUACAGAUAACACGUGCAACGGAAAAGACAAAGUUGUUAGAUCUGUACACAAUAGUAACACAGAUGUUCGCCGAGAACAAUCAAAAAGGAUGGCGAUGCAGGUACCUCCCUCUGAGACGCGCCGCCACAACACGGAACCUACGGCCAAGCGACGCAAGGACACUAGAAGGAAAUUUCGAUUUCACCAUAAAGGUUCAAGUACUGAACAUGAAGCAGCGUGCUACAACGACCAGCUUCGUUCAUCGUGGUGUUGGUGCCAGAAGAGUCGCCCAGGCAAAGAGAUGGUGCUACGCGCACGAGGGGGAGAAUGUGGGCGACCGCCAUAG